AUGUCAAUAAAGUACGGCAGCACAUUUUCACAUCUGGCCGAUGAAUGCAUUGAUGAGUUCGUCACAAAUUACAACACUCAUGAGGAAGACCAGAAAAAAUUGUGCGAACAAAGUGGACGUUUUCCAAGGCUCAAACCAAUAUCAGAUGAUCCACGUGUUCGCAAUCAUUUAAAUUUAUGGGUUGAUGAUUACCUUAAUAAAAGUGAUUCAAGCUGUAAACCGAAAGGUCCUACUGACCCUCCAACUACUGGUUAUGCUGGUCACAUUCCCAAAGCAAUUGCGUCCAACUUAUCAUUUGGGUGUACUUACCAAGAGGGUGUUAAAAAAAGUUUAUCGGUAUUCCGUGCAGAAGUUACGAAUCAUUUUGGUCGACUCAAGCUCCCUGUGGAACCUCUUAAGCCAGAAAAUGACCGGUUUAUCCCUGAAGUUGUUGAUAUGGAUGAAAAACCGAAUUCAUUCCGACUUUAUCGAAACAAUGGUAUAAUUGCUAAUUACGCUGGUCAUGUACACGGUAGUCUCGAAGAGCUUGCACAGGAUCCAAGGGACCUCCUCACACUUUACACCAUCGCUAUGGAUCAAACGUGUUUUCAGGAACAAUCGUUGUUCAAUUUUACCCACAGCCUCGCAGCUACCAUUAACUAUGUUCGUGAAACUGUAUUAACUAACGACACCUUCUUCUACGUUAUCGUAAAAGUACUGCCAGUGUCUGGAUGUACAAUGCAGGAGUCGUCCAGAGCCAGUCGAUUAUUUGACGCGCUUCAAUUUAUGCAGGUAGACUCUGCAGAUGCCCUGGGAUAUAGCGUUUUGCUGGGGCCUCCAUUAGUUGGAGACUGCAACCUCGUCAGCGAAUGGAUCAGACUGGGAGAACCAAAGCAGCCUUUACGUGCCCAAUUAUACCAGAUCUCAAACUACUGCCACAUAGUAGGAUACGCUUCGGUCUUUGUUAACAAGCCCACCGACGUCAAUGCUGUCAUUCUGAUUAGUGGACCGGCACUGGCCAUGAAGUUUGUCGUUGAAGUGCAAAACCUGAGCAGGAUUCUCCAAGGUCGAAUAGCCAUAGUCCAUGUCGAUCCCUUGGAUAGCUUCACUUACGAUGUGCUACGCACCUGGCGUUAUUUCCUUUCCACCGCAGUGCCCACCGGAGCCGCGGGCCAGUCGUUGGUCAUUUUGUCAGCACUUCCGACCGGUUCAGUCUAUGAUGACAACUCCAUUGUGUUUAAAGAGAAAAUAAACCUUGCUGUGGCCAGCUCUGCAGCCCUUGCAACGAGACUAGUCCAAAUCCAUCUCGAGGAGGGAGGGGGAAUUAUUAAGCCUUCUAGAGGCCUUUUUAUGCCAAUAAAGACGCAGGGAAGGAUAACAGUGCCCACGCUGCCUUCUAUUACAUUUCAAUACGGCUUUCAGGGUGACGAAGGAAUACUGAGCGUGUUUGACAUGCUCUUGUUUUCAAUCAAACCCACUGUAACUCAAAUGCGUGGGCUGGACAUGAAUCGCGCCAGCUAUGCGGACAUUUUUCAGUUGAUCGAGAUUAUGCGAAGCCCAAUUAUACUAGCUCAAGUAUUGAAACAAAUGAACUGGCCAGGAGACGGUGCGGGACCUCACCGAACUCCAUGCUUCGAGUCCUCGUGUGGAAUUGAAGCCGCACAAAUAGUCAUUCAAAUAAGCGCACUUGGCUUCCUAAUUUCCGCGACUUUCUACCUCACUAUUGUAUGCAUUUAUCGACGCACACUGAAAAAGGCCAAACGUCUCAACUCUAUCAAGCUCGUAUUUUGCGAAACGGACCUGGUUUUCAAGAAUAUCGAAGAAAACUUGAACUCCUCAACAAAUCGUGUUGGGUCGUGUUUUCUCUCACGUGAUUCGACAGUUUCGCCAAAUGUCACCACCCCAUUCAUUUCGCAGGGUGAGGCAGUCUUCAUUAAAAAGCUUUCCCUGCCCCACAUAUCACUGCGCUCCAAGCUCCUUAAGUACCUAGCGGGACUGAGAGAGAUCAGACACGAAAACAUUAACGCCUUCGUCGGAUGCUACAUGACACCAGACUCGUUCAGUCUCAUCUUCGAGCACUGCCAACGAGGCUGUCUUCAGGAUGUUAUAAAUAACAAAGGCAUAAUCUUGGACUGGGAUUUUAAAUUUUCACUGCUGACGGACUUCAUCAGGGGUAUGGAAUUCCUGCACAGUACCUGCCUCAAAGCUCAUGGAAGGCUCAAGUCAACGAACUGCCUUGUUAGUGGCCGUUGGGUACUCAAAAUUACCGAUUUUGGCAUUCCAAACAUUUACACACUAACAGACAUUCAUCCAGUGACCAGGCCUGAAGACAAGCUGUGGACGGCUCCAGAACUGUUAAGGAACGAAUGCUUAGCCACAUUUGGGACUAAACCUGGAGAUGUCUAUUCCUUUGCGAUAAUUAUGCAUGAAGUCUUCUACGAGACAUUGCCCUAUGGUCUGCACGAUACCCCGGCGGAAUGGAUACUCGACCGAGUUAUGUCGGCCGAGCAGCCUCUUUUUCGACCAAAGUUAAAGGCAUCAGGCAUACCGCCUGUGUAUAGGCAAAUUCUUGAGAGGUCAUGGCUCGAGAACCCUGGCCUUCGCCCUACCUUUAGGGAAUUAGACGAGCAAAUCCAACAACUAACCAAGGGCAAGAAAACAAAUAUCAUGGAACACAUGUUUAAAGUGAUGGAGAAAUAUUCCACUCAGCUGGAGGAACAGGUCAAGGUUCGGACGGAGGAGCUAGAAAAUGAGAAGAAAAAGAAAGAGCUACUUAUUUGUCGCAUGCUGCCCCCAGUGGUUGCAGACGCACUCAAGGCGGGAGUGGCGGUAGCGCCAGAGACCUACAACGAGGUCUCCAUCUACUUUAGUGAUAUUGUCGGCUUCACAACCAUCUCCGCGAUGUCCACACCACUGCAGGUUGUUGACCUUCUGAACGACCUCUACACACUUUUUGACAAGACCAUUGAAAAUUAUGAAGUCUAUAAGGUGGAGACGAUUGGCGACGCCUACAUGGUGGCCUCCGGCCUGCCGGUUCGAAAUGGCAGACGCCACGCCGGCGAGGUCGCCACGAUGGCUCUCGACCUGCUCAGCACCUGUGGAACUUUUGCAAUCAAACACCUGCCUCAUGUCCCCCUGAGAUUGAGAAUCGGCCUUCACAGUGGACCUUGUGUUGCUGGCGUGGUGGGGUUGACGAUGCCUCGUUAUUGCCUCUUCGGAGAUACCGUCAAUCAGGCCUUGAAAAUGGAAUCUUCCGGAGCUGCUUUUAGGAUACACAUUAGCCAGCAAAUAAAGGAGAUUUUGGAUGAAAUCGGUGGCUUCAAUACAGAAUACCGGGGCGAAAUUCAGUUUGAAUGUGGCAUCACGACGACGAGUUACUGGCUCACCAGCAGCAACAACUUUCAUAAACCCCUUCCCGAACCGCCUCCACUCACAACGUACGUGAUAGUUAACCUAAAAGUGCACAAUCUGCCAAACGCCAUAAAGUUUAUCCAAAAGAGAAAUCUCGUUCUAUUGACUUCGAAGCGUGCAAAGUGA